GAGCUUUGUCGACCUUGCCGACAAGGCCAUCAAUUGGCAAGGCAAUCAUUUCUGUGCGAUCCUGUUCAAGAUGGCGCAUCCUGUGGCCAGAGUCUCCAGCAACAGUCUCAAGUUACCCUUACCUUUGACGGCCUCUGGCCAGAUCCUCCAGAUCUGCCCUCAAUGCGCGCAUCGUUUACCUUCUAUCCACACUCGCCAGUUCACAACCACUCGACGCAGAAAUGCCGCCGGCGUUGUCCAGAGCAUUCCCAACAUCGAUUCCAAGCUCCCGAAACAUGUUUCCAUGAAGAGCCAGAUGAAAAAAGCCAACAGGCAACAGAUAGGCACUGAUCUGGGAAAGCUGCCCCAGACCUUCAUUCUCCCUGCCGCCAAGGACCUGCCGGGCUGGAUGAGCCCUAAUUUUAUGAAGAGAACAAGGAUUCAUUGGCUACAAUUCAAGACUGCUGUCAAAGACUGGUGGAGCUUGGUGGUUUUCCUGAAAUGGGACGUCAAACGAGACCCUCUCACGGGCAAAAAGCUGAGGAAACCGCUGGAGCUCUCCCAGAGAAAUCAGAUUGCGCGAGACCUGCACAAGGAAUUCCAUGAGGCCUUGGGCGAGGGCGACCUGAAAAGGCUACAGGUCAUUUGCUGCGAAGGUCUGAUGGCGCAGGCGAGGAUGCGCGUCGAGCAACGGAAAGCCUUGCGCCGGAGGAAGGAACCUUGGCAGCUUCUGAGUUACUCCGGCAUUCGCUAUCCCGCCUGGCUGGAGAGAUGGCCUCUCUCGGGGUUUCUCCCCGGAGCAAGCACCAGGGUGGUGUCGGACAGGCUUGCCCCGUUGCCGUUCGCAGACACCUACCUCCGCCAGUGCAUUGUCCGCAUCAGCAGCGUCCAGAACUAUUUGCUCGCCGACCGGGACAAGGAUAUCUUGCUGAAGCAUACUGAUUAUGUGGUGAUACAAAAAAUGACUACCAAGGGCGAGGAAGGGCCUUGGAAGAUAUGGGGUCUGACGGAGCCGACCACCACGAAGGAGAUUGAUGGGUUACUUGAGGGCAAGGGACAGGAAUCCGGUACCACCCUCGCGGAGAGGAUACGGGACAAGAUCUCCGGUAUUGCAGGCGUCUAGCCGAAGACCACAGACCAGAAAGCUGGUCUCGCAGCUGAUCGAUAGGCUCAUCUGCUGCUCGACACGAUGUGAAAUCCAUACCAGCGUCAGCCGAGACCAAUCCCACUCCUGUCCUUCUCUCCCUGAGCGCCUUCCAGCCGACAGGGAGUGGCGUUGGAGAGAAACUCCAGAGAGCGUUGUUGCUCGACAGCGCACAGCCUGCUGUACAACUAUAUGUAACCAUCCUGGCCAAAGAUAUGUUUGAGCUCGAGGGCGCCAUCCAUGAUACUUCUUCGUUCGACA